AAAAUACUCCCGCCAUGGUCCCAAAAUCCCCUCCUUGGGAACCCGUCGAAAGAAACCCUAAUCCCCCCUUCCUCAUUUUCCGUCCCCAUUCUGCCUAGGGUUUUGGAGUUCCGAUCUCCAAUGGUUGACGAGACCCCCUUGCGGAGGUCUCCGCGGGCCUUCAAACCCCUCAGACCCUGCUUACAUUCCGGCCGCAGAGGCUCUGAUCGCAACGCAGCCUCCACCGUUCGGGCCGCCAAUCCCUCGCCGAGGAUCCUUGGGUCCUCGAAAUCCGGCGUGGAUUCUUUCCGGAGCAAUGUGGGUUCCUUGGAUCCGGUGGAAGCCGCCAGCGAUGGUUUGAGGCGGUCGCCGAGGUUGUUUAGUUCCCCGGGUCGCUCCUCCGGUUCCACUGCGAGCAAUGGGAGUCCAAAGGGCCCAUUUUUAGCUCGGUGGGUGGUCGAUAAUGGCGGUAUGAGGCGGUCUCCGAGGACCUCCGAAACUGAGGGUACAAGAUCGAAUGGUGUAGCAGGCAAUGGUGCUUGCAAGGCUCCUGCUGCUAAUGGAGUGAUGGUCGGGAUUGGCGUUUCGAGGCACUCCCCUCUAUCGGUGGGUGAAGAUGGGAAAUCGUCCAAAACAAAAGAUGCUCUGAAGUCUAAAAGGCUUGAGAAUGGGAAAUCCCCAGAGCAAAAUGGUUCGCCACCAACUAAAAAGCUGAAAGUCUGGUCAGACAAUGUCUUGGUGCCUCCUAAAAUGACAAGAGCGUCUUCUGCCUCGAAGAAUGUUAACGAGAUCUGCUUCUUUGUCGGGGCCCCUGUGCCGGAGGAGGAGGCAAGGCGGAGGUGGCCUCACCACUAUGUAGAGAAAGGUAAAAGAAGCAAGUGUCAGAGCAGAAAUGGAAACACUGAGGAUGAAGAUGAAAUCAUCCUAGAUGUUAAAUGCCAUUACUUGCAAGCUAGUAUAUGUGGGUGUAUUCUUGAUAUCGGGGAUUGCACAUAUGUGAAGGGUGAAAAGCGAAAGCCAAAUUAUGUUGGCAGGAUCUUGGAGUUCUUUGAAACAAUAAGAGGGGAAUACUACUUCACAGUACAGUGGUUUUUCAGAGCUGAAGACACUAUUAUGAAAGCGCAAGGGGCAUCCCAUGACAAGAAGAGGCUGUUCUAUUCUGAUUUAAAGAAUGACAAUCCGCUAGACUGCAUUGUGUCCAAAGUCGGAGUUUCGCAAGUUCCACCCUGUGUAGACUUCAAGUCUAGACCUAUUCCGUCAUGCUACUUUUAUUAUGAUAUGAAAUACUCCGUGGAUUAUUCUACAUUCUAUACUAUGGAAAAUGAUUAUUUGGGGGAAAAGAGUGAUUUGUCCCUAUCUAAUUGCUCAAGAACUAACCAUACUAAUGAUGCUAAGACAGAGCCUAUUAUGAUGCCCAAGAAUAGUAGUUGUGCAUCUGAAAAGACGGAGCUAGCUUUAUUGGAUUUAUAUUCUGGUUGUGGUGGAAUGUCAACUGGGCUUUGCAUGGGAGCUCAUGUUGCUGGCGUGAACCUUGUGACGAGAUGGGCUGUUGAUGUUAGUGAAGCAUCAUGUGAAGGUUUAAAACUAAACCAUCCAGAAACUCAAGUCAGGAACGAGACUGUAAAUGAUUUUUUUGACUUGCUAAAGGAAUGGGAGAAGCUUUGCAAACGUUAUGUGGUUAAUAUUGGUAAAAAGAAAGACAGUACUUCCUGGAAAUCAAAUGUAAAAGAUUCUAGAAAAGAGGCUCAAACUUAUUCUGCAAUCCCAGCUGCAGAAUAUGAGGUGUUGAGAAUAGUUGAUAUCUGUUAUGGUGAUCCCACUAAUGUUGGAAAGCGUGGAUUAAAAUUUAAGGUUCGUUGGAAGGGUUAUAGACCUAGUGAUGAUACUUGGGAGCCAAUUGAAGGAUUAAGCAACUGUGAAGAGAGAAUACAAGAUUUUGUAAUAGAAGGUUUCAAGUCAAAGAUAUUGCCACUUCCUGGCGACGUAGAUGUUGUAUGUGGUGGCCCUCCAUGUCAAGGUAUCAGCGGCUAUAAUCGAUUUAGAAACUUUGAUGCACCAUUAAAUGAUGAGAGGAAUCGACAAAUAGUUGUCUUCAUGGACAUUGUACAAUAUUUAAAGCCUAAAUAUGUCCUAAUGGAAAAUGUUGUUGAUAUAUUAAAAUUUGCCAAAGCUACACUUGCCCGAUAUGCUUUUAGCCGCUUAGUUUGUAUGAACUACCAAGCAAGGCUAGGAAUCAUGGCUGCCGGUUGUUAUGGCCUUCCUCAAUUUCGCUUGCGAGCUUUCUUAUGGGGGUGUCAUCCUUGUGAGAAACUACCCCAAUUCCCACUCCCUACACAUGAAGUGAUUUUGAAGGGUGGCGCUCCACUGGAAUUUGAGCGUAAUCUUGUUGGUUAUUGUGAAGAUCAAGCACGAGUGCUGGAGAAGGCCCUUGUUCUGGAAGAUGUUCUUUCUGAUCUUCCAGCAGUGACAAAUAAGGAAGUCCAUGAUGAGAUGCCAUAUGGAAAAGGUCCUCAAACAGAAUUCCAGAGAUAUAUUCGGUCACCGAAGCUUGCAUUUGCAGAGACGUUGGGGUUGACAGCUAAUUGUAUAAAAGGUUCUCAGUCUAUGUUGUACGAUCAUUGCCCUCUACCUCUAAGUGAGGAUGAUUACUUACGUGUUUGUCAAAUUCCACGGCGAAAGGGAGCAAAUUUUAGGGACCUCCCUGGCAUCAUUGUUGGCUGUGACAAUACUGUUCAGUUUGACCCGACAAUGGAACGGAUACUAUUACCUUCUGGAAAGCCACUGGUUCCAGAUUAUGCCAUGAAUUAUUGGGAAGGAAAGUCAUUAAGACCUUUUGCUCGACUCUGGUGGGAUGAGACAGUACCAACUGUUCUGACGAUACCCGAUGCUCACUGCCAAGCCAUAUUACACCCUGAGCAAGAUCGAGUUCUCACUGUUCGAGAAUGUGCAAGGUUGCAAGGCUUUCCUGAUUAUUAUAGAUUCUGUGGGACAGUGAGGGAAAGAUAUCGCCAAAUUGGCAAUGCUGUUGCUGUUCCAGUCAGUCGAGCUUUAGGGUAUGCGAUGGCAUUGGCAUGGCUGAAGAAAAGUGAUGAUGAACCCCUCGUGACUCUCCCACCCAAUUUCUCACUCUCGCACAAACUUCAGAAUCUCUCUAGCCCACCUUUUAAAACAACUUAGCAAUCACCUUUCCUCACUGUUUUUAUGUAUCCUGUAACUUAAACUCUUCUCCAUAGUAACCCUGGGGACUCUAUUUUUCUUAUAGUUGCUCAUUUGCCUUUCUACCUCUGACCCAUUUUUCCCUGUCAACAUUUUUAGCAAAUGCCAAUUGUGAGUUAUUUGAUAGAAAUAAAAGAUGGAAGUGCAUCUCUCUCUGUGCUCCAUCUUUUCUCCAUCGUUUUUUGACUCUGCUAUAUGAACCAUCUAAAACAUUGAGAAAAUUUGCUCCCAUGGUGCUCUCACCUUAAACUUUUCCUUCAUCAAUUCCUGUUCAUUGGUGGAGCUCAUCAUCUACACCAGCUAAAAUCACAAACUCUUGGACCAGCCAUGCUGAACCGUCCAGCACUCUUGAUUUGUGGGAUUGGCCAUGACUCCAAUAGUGGUAUGCUAGUUGAUCCGCUUUCAGCAGUGAAUACACUAAUUCUUAAAAAAACUCCAAAAUGAAGUUGAGGGGAAUUGUGGUGCCUGAUGAAGAGAACUUUUUUCGCAUUCUUGUAUUCAAUUUUUUUCAUUGGAUUUAAAACUAUUUAUUUUAAAGUAUGGGAAGAUGGUGAGGAUGUAAAAGACAUCUUGGAAGGAAAUGUUAAAGCAGUUGUUUAUAAUAAUCAUAGCAUUGCUAUAA